UCUUGCUGUAUACACUAGGAGGGGAAGGACAGAAGACAGAGAAAUAAGUUCUGGGCAUGCUUCAAAUACCCUCCACUCCAAAGUUCUCCAACGGGACAGCUGUGGAUGUUAACAUUUCACCGAUGGACACGGAUGUGGACAUGGCAGCUGUGGCAAGCUUAAGAAGGCCACGGUCCCGUUCAUACUACAGUCCAGAGAAUGCAAAACAUUAUGGAGAGACAACAGAGAACGUGGAUAUUCAAAUUAGGCCACGCUCAAGGUCCUUCUACAGCUAUGAGACUUCAGAAAACUAUAGCGAACCAAGCUUCACCAGGGCAAAUGCCAUAAGUCCACAAGAUGUCUCUCUACUGCUAAGUGAAGGCAUCAGGAAAGAGAAGAGUAUGGAUGCAGUCAUGACGAAGCUCCUCUGUAAAAGGUCCAAGGCAAGCAUUAACAAAAUCAGUACAUCAAAGGAAAUUAGCGGCAGCAGAGGCAGCUUAAAAGGUGAGCCCAUGAUGACUAUCUCGGAGUCAGAUAACUGGGAGAUCAGCUCGUGCUCAGGAAUGAAGUAUGGUCAGUUUGUGGACUGGGAGAAAAUCGACCCUGAGUCUGCGGUGCGCUACCAGAAGAUUCUAAAGAGCAAUCAUCAGGAGCUCAAAGCCAUGGGCCGGAGUGGCUACUGGUCCAUGCCCCAUACGCUGAGGGCCAAAGCCUACUACCAUAUCAUCCAUGGCCUCAACAGCAGGUGUGUCGCUCCGGACCGGGACGUCUACCAGGAGCUUGUUGGGCAGCUCUUUGGAGAGCAAAAGAUGAGCACACACCCGUUCCCCGAGUACAUGGAGAACGGUUUAAUCCCGCGGUACUGUCUCAACAAAGCGGGCCUGAACUCUGUGAAAAAGAUCCUGCUCUGCAUUGGUAAGUGCUUCCCCGAAAUGAACUUCUGCCCCAUCCUCCCGGCGCUGGUUUCCCUCCUCAUACACUUCAGCGAAGACGAGGCUGAGUGCUUCCACAGCGCCUGUCGCCUCGUCACCUACACAGACCCCGACAAGCGCUACAUCGACCAGACCUUCCUCACCUACAGGGCCUCGUGCAUGACGUUCGGAGACCUGGCCAACAAGUUUUGCCGGGGCGUCCGCAAGCUCAUUGCGGCCUCGAACCAGAACCUCUUUGAGUUCUACUCUGACUGGAUCAUGUGGAUCUUUGCGGACCUCCCGUUCACGUAUGCCAUCCGGGUUCUGGAUGUGUACCUCCUGGAGGGUUACAAAGUGCUGUACAGGGUCGCCCUGGCGUUACUCAGCCUGUACAAGGUCUCGGUGGCCUCCAGAGUCGCUCAUGUGGAUGACUUCCGGCAGGACAUGAAGAGCUUUGUGGAAAACAUCAGCCGCCACAUUACAACCGAGAAGCUGAUGGAGAGAGCCUUCAGCAUCCAGCUGGCCACGCGGAGGGAACUGAACGCCCUCUUCAAUGCCAACAAAGAUGCUCUUGUGCAAAAGGGCAUCAACAAACACCAAAACACGCAGUCAUACAUAGCUGUGGAUCUUGAGAACUUCAGCUCCAGUGUGGUAACGGGGACAGAGAUGAGGAUUGUCUGGGCCUGGAUCCCAGAACGUUUUGCCCUCUUCCCUCCAACCCUACUCUUCAGCACCAGUGAGCAUGGACAUAGCCUGUCCUCGUUUUAUUCCCAUGUUGAGGGAUACGAGCCAACCGUCUUGCUCUUAAGAACUGUAGACGAAGGGGUCUGUGGUGCCUUCCUGUCUUCAGACUGGAUUCUGAGAAAAAGACAUGUUGGGGAAGACCUCACUUUCUUUGGGACUGGUGAAUGCUUUGUGUUUACUCUGCGCCCAGGGAUGGAGCGUUACCAGAGGCCCAUACUCCACCUCACAGAUGCCCCAGAUAGAUCUCCCCUCCUGCCUCCACCCAGGGCUCAAACCGCAACUUCUCCUGGGGGCGACGACAUAGUCACGCCCGUGACCUUGACCUGUCCUGCGGGCACGCCCCAGAACCCCAACUUUCUGACCGUACCCUUCGCCGUGCCCUCUGGGGGAUCCGCAGCCGCAUCUCAAAAGAGAAUCAAAGCACAGCGCCCCCUAUCUGCGUCCAUGUUCAUGGCGGGGGAUGAGGACAGGCUCAUUAUUGGGGGCGGCGGGGGGCAGGCGCUGUGCAUUGCGGCCGAUCUGAUGAGCGGGGAGACGGAGCGCUGCGACACCUUCGACAGCUCCCCUCUCUGCAAGCGAAACUUCAGGAUUCAUUCGCUGGAAGUGUGGGGGAUCCAAAACUCCGCCUCCUGCUCCCCCGUCGCCGUGGAAACAGGCCAGAACGCCACGUGAACUGUAUCUGCUUCAGAUGCCUUAGGUUCCAGGGUUUUCCAUGACUCAAAAUGUAUUUCGAAAAAUCUUAACUUAAAUCGUAAGUUUGAAAGUGCACCGUGAGCAGUUUCCAUACUUCUCUGCUCUUGCCACAUGAUGAAUGUGACAGUGAUAUUGUUAUU